CACGUCGAAGGAACUUGAACCCCAACUACCACCAGUUGUCUCGCGCUGGACACUUUCUGACCCAGUCUAUCGCUUCCCAUAGCUUGAGUCGCUUGGAAGUUAGCAUGUCGACUGAUGGCGCAAGUCGCGGCGCGGACUCAGUGGUGGCGAAUGUGCAAGCCGUAGUAAAUGAAUUGGCAAUGCUAAAGACGAGUUACGCUAAUCUUCAGAGUAACUACCGCAAAGCGAAGGAAAGGAAUGAUGUGCUCGAAGGGGAGAACACAAGACUUCAGCGAGAGCUGGACGUCACGCGUCAAACCCUUCAAGUAACUGCAGCGAAGAUAGAGAAUUCAGCGCAGAGUGCUCGGGCAGCUGCGGCAUCCAAGCCGUACAUGGAAAUAAAAGAGGAGUUGAACGAUGUCUUGCACCAGAGAACAGUUGAAAGGCUUGAACAUGACUCUGCAAUAGAUGCCUUGAGCACACAACUACGUGAAGGCGAAGCACAACCUGGUGAUGGAAAGGCAGCAUUCGGCUGUAGGCACUGUAACGUCUUUCCCCACCGUUCGUGUACUGCCCAGUGUUCAUCGGGGCAGGCCCCGAAAACGCGUCACUUUCAGCGACGAGAUCACGCAGGCUGCUAACUAUUCCUCCGACUCCGGCGAGUCCGACGCCGUCGAUGGUGUCUUGGGUUUCGCGAAUGCCAACCACAACUAUGAUACCCGGCGCUCCGCCCAUAUUUCCAGCGGGGCAUACUUUGCUCCUGAGCUUUGAACAGCAGAUCCAGGAAAUUGAAAACCACUAUCGGAGUGCUCUUCGUCACGAGCAGCCUUCCUCGAACAGCGAAGAGGGCUGCAGCCCUGUCAUCGGGCGCAAACGCUUCCGUAGCGGACCGUCUCGCUCGGACA